UCUUUGUGACUCUUCCUUUCCUUUCUCCAUUCCCCUCAUACGCUUCCCCCUCUCUUUUCUCUUCCUUUUCCAUUCUUCCCUUAACUUCCCUAAUACUCUUUCCAUCCUUCGUCCUUCCUUUCUCAGAAGGAAGCGAAGGGCACUGUCUCCUCGGCAUCAGCUGCAGGCCCUACAGAUGUGGUCGGUCCUUCCCUUUUGGGGAACUUCUGGCAUUUCUUCAUCCACUUUGGAGGCAGCCUAGACACACAGAACCAAGAUGGAAAGGCAAGGAUCAUGCGGCUCCGAGUUGCAAACCUUUUCUCCUGCUGUUAAGGCUGAGAAUGGUGGAGCAUCCUGGGACGACCCUUGGAAGAACGACCUGGAAAGCCACCUGCUCCAUUCAGAUCUUCAGCACCAUUUUUUCCGGCAGUUCCGCUAUGAAGAGGCUCGAGGUCCCCGAGAGGUGUGCAGCCAUCUCCACACUCUCUGCUGCCAGUGGCUGAAACCGGAAAGGAAGACCAAGGCGGAGAUGCUGGACCUGGUGAUCCUAGAACAAUUCCUGAGCAUCCUUCCCUCCGAGAUGGAGCACUGGGUCCGGGAAUGUGGGGCAGAGACCAGUUCCCAGGCAGUGGCUUUGGCUGAAGGCUUCCUUCUGAGUCAAGAAGAGGAGAAGAAGCAGGUGCAGAGCGCUUUUGCAGAUGAGACCACUGAGAUUGAAAAGUCUCUUUCGGACACCAUUUGUGCUGUCACAGUUGGAGACAACGAAUUCAUCACAAUUGGCAAUGGAUCGUGGCCAAGUGGUAGUAACCCAUCUUUUCGUGAUUCUUUACAAAUAAGAGAUUCUGCAAGACCAGAUCAGGUGACUUUUGAAGAUGUGUCUGUGGGUUUCUCAGAGGAGGAGUGGGCCCUCUUGGAUCCUGGCCAAAGAGCCUUGCACCAGCAAGUCAUGGAGGAGAAUUUAGAGAUGGUGUCCUCUCUGGUAGAAGCAAACCCAUUUAAAUGUUUGGAAUAUGGACAGAAUUUCAACUGGAAAGAAAAGCCCACGUGGCAUCAGGCAACUAACACAGGAGAGAAACCCUUUAAAUGUUCAGACUGUGGAAAGAGCUUCAGCCACAAGAAGUACCUUGUUCGUCAUCAGGCAACCCACACAGGAGAGAAACCGUUUAUAUGCACUGUGUGUGGAAAGAGCUUCAGUCAGAAGUCAAACCUUGUUUGUCAUCAGGCAACCCACACAGGAGAGAAACCAUUUAUAUGUUCAGCGUGUGGAAAGAGUUUCAGUCGGAAGUCGCACCUUGCUCUUCAUCAAGUGACACACACAGGACAGAAACCAUUUGUAUGUUCAGAAUGUGGGAAAAGCUUCAGCCAGAAGGCACAACUUGUUCGUCAUCAGUCAACUCACACAGGAGAAAAACCAUUUAUAUGCUUUGAGUGUGGAAAAAGCUUCAGUCAGAAGUCAAACCUUGUCGUUCAUCAGACGACACACACGGGAGAGAAACCAUUCAAAUGUUCAGAGUGUGAAAAGAGCUUCUGCCGAAAGACCCACCUUGUUCGUCACCAGUCAAUUCACGUAGGAGAGAAGCCAUUCGCAUGCUUAGUGUGUGGAAAGAGCUUCAGCCGGAAGGCAUGCCUCAUUCUCCACCAGGCAACUCACACAGGAGAGAAAGCGUUUAUAUGCUUGGAGUGUGGGAAGAGCUUCUCUCAGAAAUCGCACCUUGUUUUCCAUCAGAGAAACCACACAGGAGAAAAACCAUUCAAAUGUUCUGUGUGUGGAAAGAGCUUCUGUCGGAAGUCGCAUCUCGUUCGUCAUCAGUCCAUUCACACAGGAGAGAGGCCAUUCAAAUGCUCCGAAUGUGAAAAGCGCUUCAGUCAGAAGUCACACCUUGUUCUUCAUCAAUCCGUUCACACGGGGAAGAGACCUUUUAAAUGCUCGGAGUGCGGAAGGACCUUCAAUCAGAGGUCCCAUCUUGUUUUUCACCAGGGAACUCACACGGGAGAGAAUCCAAAGUCUAGAAAGAGCUUCCCUAAUACGGCACACCCUGAUCAUCUUCAGGCAACCCACACCAUUUACAUGUUUAAACUGUGGAAAUAACUUCACUCAUAAGAGAAACCUUACCAAUCGUCAAAGCUGUCACACAGGAAAAAAGCCAUUAAAAAUGUUUGUAAUGCGGGAAGAACUUCUAUU